CGGGUACCGGCAUGACGUCGCUGGGCAUCAAACCUCCCAGCCACCCUCCUCCUCACAACCUCUCUUUGAACUCUGAGAGCUUUCACGGGGACCUGCCUGACAGAUGCAUGCAUGAGUUGGCUCCAGCACCUUCACAGCUGGGUCCCCAGGAGGGGACAGGCCUCUACCGUUCCCCCAGGCCCAGAGGGCCCCAGCUGGGGUUAGGGGCCGUCACCCGGCAGCCUGCUGCAGCCAAGAACAGGACUAUGUUCCAGGGCCAGACCGGUCAGAGGUCAGGGGUCGUGACCCUCAGCCAUCCGGGACAGCAGCAGGCACCGCCAGGGAACAACCAGGGAAACCACGACUCCACAGCAGACCAGAGGACGCCAGGUCCAGAGACCACCGUGGCCAGGACCCUGCUGCCUAAACCGGGUCAGUCUCGUCUGCGACCCCCAGGCUUCUCGGCCUUGCCACCUGCCCGUCUGGUCGCCUUCGGCUUUGUACGCAGCUCCAGUGUCUCCUCGGUUUCCAGCAACCAAACGAUAGUGAGCAACCACAGCGACCCCUGCCGACCCUCCCAACUUACAGAACACUGUCGUGGUUUCUGCCCUAUCGUUGAGAGACUAACUAUCAAGCAGGAACCUCCAAUGUACACGCUACUGGGGUACUUUGGACCUUUUCUGACAGUGAUCCUUCAGAGGGUGUCCACAAAUGGGGAGGAGGAAGACCUGCGUACAUCUCUAGGUCCAAGCAGUGGUAGUGAUGACAUCCCCCUUCACCUGUCCCCUGUACCCCCCAACCAGAGCAGCCCCCAGCCCCCCAACGCCCCUGCCCUCCACCGCCGCUCCGUGCUGCCCCCGGCCCGGGUCUCUCCCACAGUCCGAGGUAGACCAGCAGAUCGUGGUGGUUCAGGGUCAGGGGUCGGAGGUCAGGAGUGUGAGCGUGCCCUGGUGCAGAAGCUGAGAGAGCGCUGUGAGGACCAGGCUCGACAGCUCCAGUCUCUGCAGGCUGAACUGAAGAGGGCUUCUCUUGGACUAGAGGUGUUUGCCAUUACUACACAGCACUUCUGCCACAAGAGUGAGAGUGCCAUCCUGAAGGAGAGGGAACUGUCCCUGGAGCUUGCCAGGAUCAGGGAUGAAGUGGCCUCAAGUGUGUCGCGGUGGGAGAUUCUGCAGCAGGACAAGGGGGAGUUGGAGCGGAGGUUUGAGCGGGAGCUGGAGGGUCUGCGUGCCCAGCAGCAGAGUGAGCUGGGCCGGCUGGAGGAAAGACUGAGGCAGUAUCACAGUCUAGAGAUACAGCGCCUGGAGGCCCAACGACAGGAGCAGCUGGAGAGACUGAGGACACAGCAGCUGGAGCAGAUGGAGGAGGUGACGGAGAACCAUGAGGAAGCUCUGACUGAAAUGGAGAACAACCACAACGAUACGCUGGUCACUCUCAAGGAGGAGCAUGCCAGGACUGUCAAAAACCUGAAGAUGGCCCAUGAGCAGCAGAGAAAGUCAUUGGAAGAGGACUUUGAGAAGCUCAGACUGUCGCUGCAGGACCAGGUGGAUACGCUGACGUUUCAGAACCGCAGCCUGAGAGACCGAGCCAAGCGCUUUGAGGAGGCUCUACGCAGGAGCACCGACGAACAGAUAGUGGAUGCUCUGGCUCCAUACCAGCACAUUGAGGAGGAUCUGAAGAGCUUGAAGGAAGUUCUUUUAAUGAAGAAUCAACAGAUCCACGAACAGGAUGUCAAGAUCUCGGAGCUGGAGAGAAUGGCCCAAAAGAACGUGUUCCUGGAGGAAAGGGUGCAGAUGUUACAGCAGCAGAACGAAGAUCUGAGGGCCAGGAUAGACAAGAACCUAGCCAUGUCCAGACAACUCUCGGAAGAGAACGCCAACCUCCAGGAGUCAAUGGAGAAGGAGAGCAACGAGAAGAAACGCUUGAGUCGGAACAACGAGGAGCUGCUGUGGCGUCUGCAGAGCCCUCACAUGUCCCCCACCGGCUCCCCCAUCCACCGAGGCUCUCCCAUCCUCCACUCCUCCAACACCUCCUCCCCUGGUCACCACCGUUCCUCCGCUGGCCCUGGGUCACCCGCACGACCGCACUCCUACCACCAAUGAGACGCCUCUCCUCAAUGCCUCCCCCAUCGUCUCCAUCUCCCAAAUCUCCUUUUCCAGACGAGGAGGGGGAUGAUGGAAGAGCAUUUCUUCCUCCCACUACAUCCCUUCAUCCAUCCACUGACUUCGUCCAUUCACUGACUUCAUCCAUCCGCUUACUUCAUCCAUUUAUUGACUCCUUCCAUCCGCUUACUUCAUCCAUCCACUGACUUCAUCCAUCCACUGACUUCAUCCAUCCACUGACUUCAUCCAUCCACUGACUUCAUCCAUCCACUGACUUCAUCCAUCCACUGACUUCAUCCAUCCACUGACUUCAUCCAUCCACUGACUUCAUCCAUCCACUGACUUCAUCCAUCCACUGACUUCAUCCAUCCCCUGACUUCAUCCAUCCACUGACUUCAUCCAUCCACUGUCUCCGUCCAUCCACGGACUUCAUCCAUUCACUGACUUCAUCCAUCCACUGACUUCAUCCAUCCGCUUACUUCAUCCAUUUAUUGACUCCUUCCAUCCACUGACUUCAUCCAUCCACUGACUCUGUCCAUCCACUGACUUCAUCCAUCCACCGACUUCAUCCAUCCACCGACUUCAUCCAUCCACUGUCUCCUUCCAUCCACUGACUUCAUCCAUCCACUGACUUCAUCCAUCCACUGACUUCAUCCAUCCACUGACUUCGUCCAUCCACUGACUUCAUCCAUUUAUUGAUUUCAUCCAUCCACUGACUUGUCUUGGGAAGUCCCUCUCCCUUUUUGUUUAAUAUGGAGGACGGAGGAACUUCUUCUUCUUCUACCCACAACGUCUCUCCUUCCAUCCAUUCAUCCCUGGAACUCUGGCAUUUUUCAUCCAUCAAUUUUCAUCUUAAAUUUUUAUUCUCUUUAUUUAAUCAACGUUCUUUCCCGACGUGGGGGAAAUAUUUUCCCACCCCUUAGUGCAUAUUAGUGUCCCUAUCUGAGGAUAGUUGGCUUCGAUGCUGACCAGACCCGUUUGGGGGUCAGUUUAGUAUCUCUGAGGUGAACGACCCUCUGUCUGUAAAACUUGCCCAGGUCCAAUGUUCCACUACUAGAUGGAUAUAGACACAGGCCAAGGCAACACAUCUGUGUGACAAAUUCUGAAGUGACAGAACGUGUUUCCCCAAGUAAGGAGCCGAGGGCAGAGCUCCCCUCCAUCUCAUCUCGUUUGAAUCUCCGACCUUCACAUAUUGUGAUACCACAAGGUCUCCAACCACGGAGGUUUUGAAAUGUAGGAUUUAUUUUUAAUUUUUAACCCCUCUCUCUAUCAAAAACACGCUGAUGCCCCUUUCCUUCUAGGAAUUCUAUCAAGGAAGACAGACUGAUGUAGAAGAAGGACUCUCUCCGCCAUUUUGGAUCUCAUGGUGCCUACAGUGUCUCUCUCCAUGUAUUUACCUCCAACUGUAUCUUCAGCUACUGGUCAGAAACGCAACAAUGAAUACAAGGAAGCGCCUUCGCUGUCCUGCCUUUACUGUCUGCCUUCUGUAUACAGUAGGCAAGUCUCUCACCAGCAAUAUCCUUCUCAAGCCCCCCUCUCUCCCGGGAACUACACAACAGCAUUAAGAAACAACUGCAUAUGUAUCCAUAAUGUUAGCCUUCAUAUAGUGCAUAUUACAUUUACGUGUUAAUGGUUUAGCAGACAGUCUUCUCCAGAGAGACUAACUGGAGCAAUUAGGGUUAAGUGCCUUGCUCAAGGGCACAUCGACAGAUUUUUUUCUUUUCUCACCUAGUCAGCUCGU